AUGAAACAUAAAGGGUAUACCUCGAGGAAAAUCACAAAUUUAACAAGUCAACCUUUUGACGAUGUGUUUACGAUUGAAAAUAAAACGGAGAGCGUGGGCAAAAGAAUCAAGCAAGAGGCUAUCAGUAUAUAUCAGCAGUAUACAAAAGGAAUCGAAGUGCCUGCCGCAGCUUCGUCCUCUUCGGUAUUGGCUGUUGGAUCAGCUUUGGAGGAGUUGGGAUCUCUUCCGCUCUCCCCUUCUUUUACUUCUAUGAAUUUGGCGUCUCCCCUUGGUUUUUUCCGGCUUUCUUCUGCUGGUAAAGCUUCCAAAAUUGUGGUGGAUCUUGGUUUAAGCUCUAUUUUAGAUUUGACACAUAAAGAAGACGCACACCAAAAAUACAUUUUCUCGAAUUCAGAAUGGAACCUCAUGAAAGAGUAUUUUAACAAAAAUUACACAUUUACAAUAGCUGCCAAUCUUCCUCAAAUCAUAAUCAACACUUCGUUUACCAUUACUCAACUUGCCAUGAAAAAGGGUAUUUCACUGCGCUAA